GAGUUUCCGUCAAAUUUUGUCUCUCUUUCCGAAGUGGGGAGCCGGUUCGUAUGGUAGUUUGUACUUUGUUGUCAAUUUAUUCUUUAUUUUCUCCAGCAAUGGCAGCAAACAAGGAGCGUACCUUUAUUAUGGUCAAGCCCGAUGGCGUACAUAGAGGACUAGUAGGAAAAAUCAUUAAACGAUUUGAAACUAAAGGAUUUAAGCUCGUUGCACUGAAAUUUACCUGGCCUACUGAAGAACUAUUGAAGAAACACUAUGCUGACUUAUCCAGCAAGCCAUUUUUCCCUGGUUUAGUGAAGUACAUGUCUUCUGGACCUGUUGUUCCAAUGGUGUGGGAAGGCCUUAAUGUAGUGAAGACUGGAAGAUUCCUAUUGGGAACCACAAACCCUCAGGACUCCAACCCUGGUACAAUCAGAGGCGACUACUGCAUUCAGACUGGCAGGAACAUAAUUCACGGUUCAGACUCAGUUGAAUCAGCCAACAAGGAAAUAGCAUUGUGGUUUGAUGAGAAGGAUCUUGUGUCCUGGACUCCUGCCUGCCAAGCAUGGAUCUACGAAGAUUAGCCUUUUGAUCUUAAAUUUAAUAUUAUGUUGAUGUGAUUUUAUUAAGAAAUAAAAAGUAAUUUUUAAAACGCCAA